CCUUGUUUAUGCAGAAAGUUAAUACAUUGUUACAACUUGUCACUCGGAGAGAUCCCCGGAGUCCUGAAGAUUCCCAGCCGGAGGCGUGGAGAGCGCGGCGAGCGCGCUUUAAAACAAAAUGACGCCAUGUCGUUGUUCCGUUUCUCCAAGACCAUAAUCUUCCUCGGCUGCCCAGAAAGUUCCCGGACCCUCGUCUGCAGUUCCCAGAAUUCUACCUGCAAUUAUCUGUGGCCAAUCAAAAUGCAGCAAAACCUGUGAUCUGAUCUCUGCGCCCAAUUUGUGCUGAAGAACAGAGAACCCGUGUGAAUGUCGGGGGCCCCACAACACCAGUGAUGUCCAAGAUCAAUGGAGUCUCCGUCACACGCAGAGCAGCCCGCCGAUCCGCUCCGGCCUCCAGCAACGCCAAGCGCUCCGUGGACGGAUCCGCCAUUAAGAACAUUUGCCUGACGGGCGCCGAGUCCCUGCUGAGAACCGAGCAGAACUUCCUGUCCACCUUGUCUCAGGUCAACACUCUGGUCCUGAACAUUUUACUGCAGUCCACAGAGACACAUCAUGAUCUUCCCAGCAAGGAUUACUCCAAGGCGCUGAAGGUCUUGAAUGACAAAUUUCACAAAGUCUGGGACCUGACGGCCGGAUGUUUCCAAACACUAAAAAACAAUUAUGACCUCUUGGCGGUGGAUGUCCAGGACAUUUACCUCACGACGGAGGAGAGCCAGUUCAUCCGGGUCUACACCGAAUAUUUUGUAGCCGUUACAAGUUAUGUGGUGAUCAAAGGGUUUGAGAAAUCAGCAAAGCAGGGAAGCAGUCACUGGAAGGCAAAUACAAAGGCCAUGACGCAGAUCAUUAGGGAAAGCUCGGAGCCCCCCAUCCACAUGCUGCUCCUGAGGGUCCUAACUGAGCCAUUCCGCCGACACAUCCAGCAAUACUGCUUCCAGCUCACCAAGCUGAACGAAAAUCUUCAGAAGGAUGCCGGUGUGGCCCCUCUGAGGAAAGCUCUGGAGGUGUAUGUGAGCCUCCAGUCCUACAUCACUCAGAGUCUGGAAGAGGCUUCGCUGACCAGGAACCUGUGGACCACAUUGUCCAAGAAACUGACGGCCGCUCUGUGCACACCGGAACGCCGACUACAAGAAGACAGUCGCAGUGUCCCGGUAACUGUCACCUCCAGCCGAUACGACCGAGUCCUCCUCUUCAGCGACUACCUCGUCUUCCUGCAGGGGAACGAGACCUACCUGUAUGACCUGAGGACGGUUUGGGUGGACACAACGACAAAACAAAAAUCCGAUCCCAACAACCACAUCUGGCGCGUUGUCACUCCUGAGGAGGAAUUUGUCCUUUCCGCGAAAGAGCCGCAGCAUAAGAUGUUAUGGAUUUGGAAGAUGAAUCAGCUGAUACGCCAAAGCCUGGAGGGGAAACGGGAUUUUCCACUCUGGGGAAAGGUCAACGAUCCCCCAACAUGCCGCUUGGUGACCCACACCUACAGGAACGAGGGCAGGUUCAAGAACGCCAUUUACGAGGGCGACAUGUCCUGGGGGAAACCACAUGGAAAGGGCACGUUAAAAUGGCCGAGUGGACGCAAUCAUGCCGGGGACUUCAAAUUCGGUCAGGAGGACGGGUUUGGGAUUUGUCUGAUCCCGGGCUCCUCCCCCGACAGAUACCACUGCUACAAAUGUCACUGGAGGAACGGAGCCAUGCAGGAAUAUGGAAUCUGUGAGUACGCAGACGAUUCCGUCUACAAGGGAUACUUCCAGGAUAACAUGCGGAGUGGGUUUGGGAUCCUGGACAAUACGGCCUCCAAGACCAACCCAUUCAAAUACACGGGGAGCUGGGAGAAGGACAAACGGACGGGCUACGGAGUUUGGGAGAGCUGCGAAAAGGGGGAGAAAUACAUCGGGAUGUGGAUGGACAAUCAGAGACAUGGCCCCGGGAUCGUCGUCUUCCACACCGGCUGCUGCUAUCAGGGAAUGUUCCACACCAACAAAUUAGUGGGUUCCGGGGUUCUGAUUACAGAGGACGGCACUGUAUAUGAGGGGGAAUUUACUGAGGAAUGUUCACUGGCUGGAAAGGGAAAACUAACAUUCACCAACGGAUUCACUCUGGUGGGGACUUUCACCAAGUCCGCCAACUACGGCCUCCAGACCCAGGGCGUCCUCAGCACCGCCAGCGACUUCCAGGAUGAAAUCAUGAAACAGAAAUAUCAGUUCGGUGUCGGGUCGUUUCCGGUGGAGCAGCGCUGGCAAGGAGUAUUCGAAGAGUUCCAGAGAUUCCUGGAAUCCGGCUGUAACCAAGAAAUGGAGGAACCUUUCCUGGGAUUUCACACCAAGUCCAGCAAGAAGAUCCAGAGAUCCCAGGAGUACCUGUGCUGCAAUCCGGGCGGAACUGAGGAUGACUCUGUGAAGAUAGAGGACAUGUUGAAGAACUUGAAUUUCCAGCAGGAGCCAGAGGCCUUCCAUGUGUAUCUAGAGAAGGCAUUCAACUUCUCUCCGCACCCUCUGAAGAAACUCCUGAAGAUGCUACAUGGGACAUUUCAGGCUACAUACUCUGGAGCAGGGGCCAAUCUCCAUCUGUUGGGCAUGGCACAGGAGGAAAUCAAGUACUACGCCAGAAAGAUCUGGGAGUUUUUCAGGGAGUUAAUGGCCAUGAAAGCUGAGAAGGAAAGACGGACAAUCCCCAUAGUGCAGGAGGAGGAGGAGGAAGAAGAACUGAGUGAUGAGCUGAAUCCUCAUACUGUGAUCCUUCCCGCCAUCCUCCCCCGAUUCCACCCUGACCUCUUCAUGCUGUAUAUGCUCUACCAUGAGCAGGAGGAUGCCCUCUACUGGCAAGGUAUAGUCCGCCUGGGUCACCUGACCGACACCAAACUGCUGGAGUUCCUGGAUGUGCAAAGGCAGCUGUGGCCCCUUAAAGAAGUGAAGCUGACAACCAAUCAGCUUUUGACGCCCUCAUCACUAGCUGACGCCAGGGGCGUGCGGAGGAGCCGGAAUGUUCUCAGCGGCCCGAGUCCAAUGCCAAUACCCACCCCGAGGAGAAAGAGAUAUUCCAUAGUGCGGCACAAGUGUUUCCAUUCCGCUACGGAGUGUCUGCAGAAGAUCAUCACCACUGUGGACCCCAAGGAGAAGCUGCAGAUCAUUCUGAAGACGUACCAGGAGAUCGAGCUGACCGUAUCCCGGGUGGUGGAGAAGGAUUAUAAACUCCCGAUGGACGAUCUGCUGCCCCUCCUCAUUUAUGUCGUGUCCCGAGCCGGGAUACAACACUUAGGAGCUGAGAUCCAUUUUAUCCAGGACCUGAUGGACCCCACAAACCGGGGCGGCAUCUACGACUUCCUACUAACAGCGUUGGAGUCCUGCUACGCACACAUUCAGAAAGAUGAAAUGCGGCUUUUCAAGUGACGCAUCUGAGAGAGGGGGAAAAAAAUCGUUUCAUCGCUCUGCGCAAAUCAUGGCGGAAACUUGCAAGACUUGUUUAUUGUGACGUCUCCCCCUGGUGGACGGAUAACGCCAUGGCUUCGUGGGAGAAUGUCGGGAGUCCAGCUUUAUACGAUUGGAACGGAUCCAUUUUAUGCAUAUAGUAUAAUAUAAUAUAUAUAAUAAGCACAUCACCGAGAAGCAGGAUAAUGGUGCAAUAUAGAUGUAUAUAUCCCGCCUUAGAAUAGUGUAUAAAGAAGGCAGAAGAGUGCCAGGGAACCUCCACCUGCUGGCCAGGACUGGUAUUGCAGUAACGCUAAUUUUACUUUAUAUUAGAGAAGCAUCUUGUUUUUGUACCUUAAAGAAAAGGGGCUGUUUUUGUUAAUCGAGAUGAUGACCACCUGUAUAUGGCACAUACGUUUAACCAGUAAGCCAAAUUGGCAUUGUAAAGAGGGAACUGUAAGAAAACUAGCAUACUUGUUAAUAAAUUUAGAAGGCCUUUUAACAA